AUGUCACAGUGGGGUUUACAGGGCUCUUUGCGAGCCCAUCUUCGGGAGUUGAGUCACUUGUUGUUGGAAGAACGAUUGCAAGAAGAUAGAACGGGUUCUGUUGAACCCGAUCGUGGAAGUAGUGUCUCAAGUAGCUACUACUCUAGUGCUGAAAAAAAUCCGCAGAAACGGAUUUUGUCGCAAACCAUUGAUUUUGACCAUGAUUACAAGCAUCGUCACAAGCGAAAUUCACGAUUUGGAGACGUUUCGUUGCGGUUAGUAGACGAUGUGGCUUCAAAACAUCACUCUCCAGAGUCUUCUUCGCUUUUGGGGCUCGAAAACGACGAUUUUUCGUUGGAAGGAGAGUCUGCAAAUCAAGAAAAGUCCGCGUCUUCGUCACAAAACAUUCACGAAGACCCCACAAAGGGCGGGCAAAGUCCAAAACAAGACCUCGGUCUCGAAGAUCCGACUGAAAAGUACAGCACAAGGUCUCCACUCAAAAAACAAGAAAGAAAAUCAUCAAUCAACCGACAUUCUACUACACCUGAGGAGCUAGAAUUAACCCCGAAGCUCACUUCAAGUCUCUUGAAGCUUUGUCUUUUUCCCUCGUCAACUGUUUCUUCGCGCGAUGUUUUCAGAAUCUUGCCCACCUUCUUUUCAGCGGAAAUGAGCGCUAAAAUACGAGAAGCGGUUCUCUCAAAUGAUGUUUCGAUUGGGCUCGGGAUGGUCACCUCCAUUUUAAAAGAUCGUGAUCUCUUAGCCGCAAAUAGCGGCAAAGAUGAAUUUUACGACUUUUGUUGCCAAUAUUUAUGCACAGAAGACCUUAUGGCGGUCGAGAUGGCUAUAUAUACAUGA